UCACUUGCUUCUUCUUUGUCCACAACACAACAGCUUGCAACAUCCAAUCGACGGCACUCAACACGCGUACAAGCUAACCGCACUCCAUCUCCAUCAACACUUUCAAGCACAACUGAACCAUUCAACAUGACCCGCACCCACAAGGCUACCGACCGUGACCACGCUGGCCUUGCCAAUGGCACUGCUGCCCCAGAGGAGCAUCUCCCACGCUACUUUGGCAAGGAGGGCUUCUCCGGCAACAACCCACAGAGCGUGAAGAAGCAAGGUGGCGGCAAAGGCAAUUGGGGUCAAGCAGGCACCUCUGAGCUCGAAGAUUACAACUACAACAUGGCCAAGCCCAAGCGCCGCAGCAACUCGAGCUCCAUGGCCGCCGGUCACAACAUGUUCAAGACCAAAUUUGAAGACACCGAUCCAGAGGCUUUGGUCGAAUACGACGAGGAUAUCCACGGCCCAGACCAGCACGAGCUGGAGAAGAUGUCCACUUCCAGCUCGGCCGACACUAUGGCCAGCGUUGAAGAGGAGGACUUGAAGGACACCAAGUAAGAUGCUGGCUCUGUAAAGCUCAACCAGCCAUGCCAACACCCAGAGAGGUGAGAUGACGAAACAACUGUUACAACCACAAGAUCACGAAUGGCGUUUAACUAUGGCGAGAGCCUCUUAGAGUGCUCUUUCGCUGGCGAGGAGUUGAGGAGGAUAUGAGAAAUGAAAUGAAACCAAUACUCUGAAGUGUACUGUUACCAACAUAGCAAGCGUGAUCGAGACUGAAUGAUCAUUGCUUGAUGCAUUUGACGAAGACGAUCAUCA